AUGCUAAGUCGAAAACGUUCAUCAUCAUAUCGAUCAAAUAGUGAACGAGAUAAUAAACAUUCAUCUAGUCGACAUAAACAUAGACAUGAUGGAACAUCAUCAAAAAAGAAAUGUCAUCGUACAUCACGAUCAAGAUCUCCAAUUCGACAUCGUUCAUCAACAAUUGAUAAAGAACAUAAAUCAUUA